AUGGACGAGUCUUCCCUGCUGGACCUGCUGGAGUGCUCCGUCUGUCUGGAGCGCCUGGACACCACCGCCAAAGUGCUGCCGUGCCAGCACACCUUCUGCCGCCGCUGCCUGGAGAACAUCGUCAGCUCGAGGCACGAGCUGCGCUGCCCGGAGUGCCGCAUCCUCGUGGACUGCGGCGUGGACGACCUGCCCGCCAACAUCCUGCUCGUGCGCCUGCUGGACGGCAUCCGCCAGCGGCCGCAGCGGGGCGGAGGCAGGCCGGGGAUGGGGCUCGGAGGGGCGGCCGGGAUGGCGGCGUCUCCCCCGGGCACAGCGCUGAGGGACUCGACCAGCGCCACGCGGAGCUCCCCGGUCAAGAACGUUCCUCAGCUUCCGUGCGGCAAGGCCCUCUACAGCUAUGAGGGGAAGGAGCCGGGCGACCUCAAGUUCAACAAGGGCGACAUCAUCAUCCUGCGCCGGAAGGUGGACGAGAACUGGUACCACGGGGAGCUAAACGGGAGCCACGGUUUCCUCCCAGCCAGCUACAUCCAGUGCAUCAAACCCCUGUCCCAGACACCCCCGCAGGGCAAAGCGCUCUACGACUUCGAGGUCAAGGACAAGGACCAGGACAAAGACUGCCUCACCUUCACCAAGGAUGAGAUCCUUACGGUGAUCCGCAGAGUGGACGAGAACUGGGCAGAAGGCAUGCUGGGAGAUAAGAUUGGGAUUUUUCCCAUCCUCUAUGUGGAGCUAAAUGAAACGGCAAAGCAGCUGAUGGAGAUGGAUAAACCGGUGGCCGUUCCUGGGCCCAGCGCUGACCCUGGCUCUCCGCCGUCCAGCUCCAGCUGUAACGGUAACGGGCAGGUGAGCGCCGCUAUCCAGCGCCGACUGGACGGGAAGAAGAACGCCAAGAAACGUCACUCAUUCACAGCACUAAGCAUGACGCAGCGCACAGCUCAGGCACUAGGCAACAACCGGCACUCCAUGGAGAUCAGCGCCCCCGUCCUCAUCAGCUCGUCCGACCCCAGAGCCGCCGCACGCAUCGGGGACUGUCCACCGUUUGCUGGGACGUCCAGUGCGGGAGCAGCAGUCAGUCCGCGGGUCGCCACGGCAACCGAAGAGCUGCUGGCUGCCGCGAAGGUCCAGCUGCCUCUGAAUAUUUACCUGGCGCUUUACGCCUAUAAGCCUCAGAAGGCAGACGAGCUGGAGCUGAGGAAGGGUGAGAUGUACCGUGUGAUGGAGAAGUGCCAGGACGGCUGGUUUAAAGGAACGUCCCUGCGCAGCGGCGCCUCUGGAGUUUUUCCUGGGAACUACGUCACCCCUGUGUCCAGGGCUCCGUUUGCGGUGGGGCAGUCGCGUGCCUGUUUGCCUGGAGUGUCUCCGGCGGUUAAGGCCGUUCCCGGCUCUCCCAGCUCUCCGGGACCCUCCAGCCCCGUCCUGCUCAGCUCCGCCUCCCGCUCCGCCACGCCGCUGGCCAACCCUUCAUCGUCCUCAUCCUCGUCCUCUCCGCACCUGAAGAACUGCCUGCGCAUGUGCGGCCAGCAGCCGGCCAGCCAGGUCCGGCCACCAGCACAGCUGGUCCACAGUCCUCCAGCAGGUGGCAGUCCUGAGCGCCCCACUGUGUCUGUUUCCCCGCUGAGGCCGCAGGGUUCCCCGUCUCGCUCCCCUGGCCCGUCCCCCGGCCGGCCUCUCUCCAUGGUGGUUCCACCCCAGUCUCACUCCGGCAUGCCCUCCAUCAUCUCGUCAACGCCCCGCCCCCUCAUCCCCCUCAACUCUGCCGCCGCCGCCAUCACGCCCCCCAACGUCACCGCCGCCCUGCUGAACGGGGGCGAGGGUGCGGCCAUCCCCGUGUCCCCCGCACACGCCCACCCUCACGCACACGCCCAGCCGCAGGGGGCCACCGCUCUGCCCAAACUGGAGGAGAAGAAAAAGAGCAGUGGCCUCCUGAAGCUUCUUUCGGGUGCGGCAGCGAAGAAGAAGUCUCGCUCUCCGCCGUCCGUUUCCCCAACGCAUGAGCCCCGUUCCCCGGCAACCGACCCCUCCUCCUCCUCGUCCGUGCAGGGCGCCAUGGCGUCCGAGCUGCAGCCGGCGGGUCACGGCCGGGCGGGGUCCUGCCCCAUCGAGAGCGAGAUGCAGGGAGCCAUGGGCAUGGAGCCACUCCACAGGAAGUCCGGCUCGCUGGACCUGAACUUCGUCUCUCCGCCAGUCAGACAGCCCUGCUCGUCCUCCCUGCUGGCCAUCCGACCCGAACCCAAACCCCUGUCCCGCGAGAGGUACCGUGUGGUGGUGCCUUAUCCGCCGCAGAGUGAGGCCGAAAUCGAGCUGAAAGAGGGCGACAUCGUCUUCGUGCACAAGAAGCGGGAGGACGGCUGGUAUAAAGGCACUCUGCAGCGCACUGGCCGCACAGGGCUGUUCCCCGGCAGCUUCGUCGAGAGUUUCUGAGGUACAGACGAGAAUCCCAUCACCAACAAGCAGCUAUGUGCAACCUCUGGAGAUAUCUCGGAACCUUCUGAGGAAAUAACUGAGCAGCAGCUGAGCCAAAAACGCUCAGCACUCAAGGAACAUUUGUGAAAAAGGUUUACAGAGAAUCACCCAUUGCAGAGAA